AUGGAAGCGAAUGGUCGUUUGACGGGCGCGCAAAAAGGGCUUCGACGCAUGAAUGGUACUGCUGAACACAAUUUCUUGAGCACGGCGGUUAUCGAUCAGGUCAAGAGACGUCCCAGACUACUUUAUAUGGUCUGGCAUGAUAUCAAGAAUGCUUUUGGAUCUGUUCCCCAUGAAUUGAUUUGGCGUGUGCUGCUGGCUACUGGUGCGACUUCUUCUUUUGUUUCUCGGCUCAAGAACAUCUACGAGGGGGCUGUUUUCACAGUUGCCAACACCGCCGAUGGCGCGACCGACCCAAUCCAGCUUCGAAUGGGAGUUUUCCAUGGCUGCUCGCUCUCUCCUUACCUGUUUGUGAUCGGGAUUAUGCCGCUCGUGCGUGCGCUCCAGGCACUCGCCCCGGAGCUGGGAGUUCCUGUUACUUCCAGUCGCAAUGUGUCGGUUAUCGCCUAUGCCGAUGACCUGAAGACUUUUAGCUUGUCGUCCCAAGGUAUUAAGAAAGCUCACUCGGUGGUUGUGAAGUUUCUUCAGUGGUCUACUCUGCAAUCCAACGCCCGUAAAUGCGCGUCGCUUUCGGUGAAGACGGAUUCUCAUGGCCAACUGCGUGGAGACUCAGUGGAACUCACACUGGAUGGGGACGUCAUCCCUUCUUUGUCUAUUGCGGAAGGGUAUACGUACCUGGGUAUAGGUGAUGGAUUUAAUCACGCACAGCACCGCGGAUCGAUGGGACCUGCUCUACAGGAAAUGAAACGCAUGAUGUCCGCUAUUUUUCGCUCCUCGCUCGCACCGUGGCAGAAGAUGAAGGCACUCAAGACAUAUGUUUAUCCCAAGGCGGACUAUUUGCUUCGACAUGUUCGAGCAUACCAGACACAGCUGGAUAGUGUGGACUCAGCACUGGCACGUGGCUUACGUCAUCUUCUGAAGCUCAACCAGUCCAGCACGACUGCCAUGUUUCACGCUCCAGUUGCCGCAGGUGGUUUGGGUUUUACCCCGCUUGUCGACCUUCGAGCUGUGCUACAGAUAAGUCAUGCAUGUCAGAUGCUGCACUCAUCGGACCUGCUGAUUCGUGAAGUUGCCCAAGAACAAGUGUGGCAGGCAAUCCGGAUAGAUAUUUAUCAUGGACCCAGACCAUUGGCGUGGACGUAUACCUACGGCUAUCCAACUUUUCCUGAAUGGCGAUCUCGAUUCUUCACCAUUUGCCCGCCAGAAGCGCAAGUCUGGAGAUAUUGGUUCGUUGUGGGUGGUCGUAAAGAACCAUCUGGCUGCCUGUAA